AAAUUAACUAUGCAUCCGCUUAAGAAGAAGCAAUUCGUGGAAAACAAAAUUCUACAAAACGUCGUCGUUUUGAAGAAUUGAAAAAAAAGGGGAAAGAAGAAACGAAACCCUUGAGGAAGAAGAGAGUACUCUACUCAGCUGAGCCACUGAUUCUUCGUUUUCAUCCGAUUCGACAAACAUCAAUGCAAAUAUUCAAUUCAACCGUAGUUAAUUACAGCUUGAUCUAUAGAACAACACUUGGUUGAUUGUCGUCUUGGCUUGCAUAGUUACUCCCAACCUUCCCUUGGGAAUUAGUCAAUUAUAUGCUCCAAUCAUGGAAAAUAUAAAGAAAGAUGAAGCACAAGAUCAGAAGCACGAUGAACUUGCUGAAUCACUAAAUGAUCUCUUCAGUAGUGUCACCACUAUGAUCAAAUCGGAGCUUCAGGGGACUAAUAACAAUCUAGAGCUAUUGGAGAAAAUGAAUGUGAGGGUAGCAGAAGAGUAUAAAGGGUUUGGUGAUUUGGCUUCAGGGUUAAGGGUGUUUGUGGAGCAAUUGAAAUGCAAGAGUGGCAGCUUUAAUGAGUAUGUUGAGCAGAUUGAUGCCAUAGAGAAGCAAGUGACUGAAUUUGAAGCUGUGGUCUCUAUGCUUGAUAAAUAUGUGGCUUUGUUGGAAUCGAAAGUCCACUCACUGUACCAAACCAAACUCCAUCUUCCUAAUGAACAAAUAAUGUACAAAUUGAGCAAAUGGGUAGGACUAAUGAGAAUAGUCUCCCUCAACUUGCUAAUUUACUUGUUUUACUCUCAACUUGUAUUAUUUUGCUCUAGUUUAUACAGUUUAUUUGGAUCCUCAAACUCCCCUUCAAUUCAUAAGGGUUUUAGAUAAAGGUUCGCGACCGCAAUGUGAUUU